AUGUUUUCUAUAUGUCGAAAAAAUUGUCCAGCCGGUCAUUCUUCUAAUGAUUUAGGUUAUCUAAAUCAUAGAGUUGCUUUGAAAGAAAUCAAUGAUUCUAGUUACGAUGUAGCUGAAAUUCUUAAAGUGUAUAAAACGAUCAUUCUUCAUUCCGAAUGCAUGACUAAAUAUUAUGGAAUUUCAAGAAAUCCUUCUACUCAAAAUUACAUCAUCGUUACAGAAUUAUUUGAUGAUGACUUACAUAAGUUUUUAACCGAAAAUUUUUGGGAUCUAGGAUGGGAAACAAAAAUAGACAUAUUAUCACCGAUAGUUCAGGGUCUUUUGAGCUUAAAUGAAAAAGAUUUAGUUCAUUGUAAUCUUCAUAGUGGAAACAUUUUGAUCGAACAUAAUUUCAAUUUUGGAAACUUUGACAUUGCAUCAAUUAUAGAUUUAGAUUCAUAUAUAUGUAAUGGUGUAAGACCAAAGGUCCCUGAUUUUAUGUUAAAUUGGAUUCCAGAAUGGUAUUUAGAAUUGAUGUAUCGAUGCUGGAGUGAUGAUCCUUCUAAACGUCCAACUGCCAUUGAAUUAUCUAAUUUAUUUUGUAACGUGUCAGAAAAACUUUAUAAUGAUGUAGUGGAUAAUAAUGUUAUGCGACAACUUAAAAUUGCUGAUGAAAAUCAAAAAAAUACAUCAAAAUCUCAAAAGCAAGAAUUUCUUGAAUUAUUUUCAAAUUCAAAUAAGUUACAUUCGCAAUCUUGUUACAUUAGCAGAUGUAUUCAUACUCUUCAUGGAUUGCGUGAUUUAUUGGAAGAUCUCAAAUCUGGAAAAUCGGCAGAUCCUAAUUUAUUAUUAACGACCAAUGAAUCAUCUAUUAACAGCUAA